AUGUUCCUAGCCUCCCUCGGUGGUCCGUACCGAACUCCAGACGGGCCACUGCUAAGCGCGUGGAUUUUUAAUGUUAGUACCUUCGUGCACUUACAUCUUAAAGCAUACACCGACAUACAGACAACUGAGCUCAACUACAGUGAACUGAACAAGUGGAAUCUAGACAGCUCUGUUCUGGGGUUUUACGAGGACCUGUUGAAAGAUAAGGUGGAGACAAAGGGGAAUAUAUAUCAUGUUUUGCAGCCCAAAACUGUGGUCACCUCCCAUGACCGAGGUUCCAAACCCUCAGAAAUUACAUCCAUACGAGCUAACAGGAGACGACCAACGUACUCUGCAAAAUGCCUUAAGGCUGCAACGGAUGAAGAAUCCAUGGGGUCAUCGAGUGACACCAGCGACGAAACGGCAACCGCGAAGGACAUACGUCAGAACAAGAUUCUACAAUACAGGAAGGCUUUGACUAAAAUUGUGAAGGUGAAAACUGCAAUUUUUCACGAAAAGGUUCGAGUUACGUGUAGUAAGGACGGAAAAUGUAUACAAUGGUACAAGGUGAAAGCCUCAGAAGAUGAUGAAAACAAAAGGCAACUCAUUGGCACUCUUCCUGUUUCCAAAAUAACAAACUUCAAGACGAAAGUCGACAACCUGAGGUACCUGGAAAUUUCAGCAGAUUGUGCCUGUUCUUGGCUACAAGGUGCCAUUUGCCAACAUCUAAAGUGA